GGUCAAAGACCGGGUCAUGUAAAACAAAAAACCCACACACACACACAGAAAAAAAAAAAAGAAUCCUCGUUUCCGGGGAGGCGGAGAAACGUUUCUUUUCGGGUCACCAUACCUUGAGAGAUCCUGGCCGGCGGGACCUUUCUUUUUGCUCUUUCCAUCUCCAUUUUCGAAUAAAAUUAAAAAACCAAGAAAAUUAGGAAAAAAAUAGAAACUUCUUCUAGAAUCAUCCGGAUCUUUCUCUAAAAUAUAGUUAGGAUUAGGGUUUUAGGUUUUUUUUUUUUUUUAAACUAGUAAAAGCUAUGUCUGGUCUCUAUCGAUCUUCGAGUGCGCCAUUGAAGAACGGUCUUCCCCCUCAAGAGCUCCUCGACGAUCUUUGCAGUCGGUUUGUUUUAAAUGUGCCGAAAGAGGACCAGCAGUCAUUGGAGAGAAUUCUCUUCCUUGUGGAGUAUGCAUAUUGGUUCUACGAGGACAAUACGGUGGAAAAAAAUCCAUUGUUGAAGUCACUGAAUCUGAAGGAGUUCACCUCUUUAUUGUUUAACAGCUGUGAUGUUUUAAGGCCUUAUGUUGCACAUUUAGAUGAUAUAUUUAAGGAUUUCACUGAUUACAAGGUUCGAGUUCCUGUAACAGGGGCAAUUAUUUUGGAUGAAACAUAUGAACGGUGCAUCCUAGUGAAGGGAUGGAAAGGGACAAGCUGGAGCUUCCCACGUGGAAAAAAGAAUAAAGACGAGGAAGACCAUGCAUGUGCCAUUCGAGAAGUUUUAGAAGAAACAGGCUUUGAUGUCUUGGGGCUCCUAAACAAAGAUGAAUACAUUGAAGUAAUAUUUGGCCAGCAGAGGGUGCGGCUCUAUAUAAUUGCUGGUGUUAAGGAUGAUACUGCCUUUGCCCCACUUACAAAAAAGGAGAUCAGUGAAAUUGCAUGGCACCAGCUUGAUGAUCUUCGGCCAGCAACUAAUGAAGUAAUAUCUCGUGGGAUCACUGGCCUAAAGCUUUAUAUGGGGGCCCCCUUUUUAGCAUCUUUAAAAUCAUGGAUUUCAAAGCAUCCGCCCCAACUACAUCCAAGAUCAGAUUUGCCUAUAAAAGGGAUCUGUGUGUGGAAAGCAAAGAACAGUUCUAUAGGAAGUAACUCAAUUAUUUUGGAGAGCCAAUCUAAGAAGCUUCCAUCUGACACUAACCCGCCUGACAACGGUCCUGGAAAGAGCUUCAGAAAUUUUAGAUUUGAUACUGCUGCAAUAUUAAGAGCAUUGGAAGGUGGCUUUUCUGCUUGAAGAUCAGACCAAGUCGUAGUGACGUGUUUUAUGUUCACGUAGCUGGGACUGCUGGGUUAGUUGCUAGAACUUCACCUGUAAACCAAACAGCAUCGCUGCCCCAAAUCGAUUGUAUAUUCUUGUGUAAGAUGUUCAGGUUUGUUAGACAUGUAAAUUUUGUACAGAAAAAACCAUUGUGGCAACGUAUCCGGUUCUCGUUCACUGUUCUCUUACACAAACUGGGGAAUAUACCCUAGUUCCCUUGUAUGCUAACAGCCCCGUGACUAAAUGUUGUUCAACAUGUUGAUUCUUGUUAUCUACUGUUGUAUUCGUUGGUU